AUGUACUCUGCCUCACCUCCGAUCCUCACGCCCCAAGGCGAAGGACAGAACGAUGGCUGGGUGGUCACUGAUCAGUGGCCAUUGGCAAUGACAGCGGCUGCCAAGACUAACUCCGCCGAAAGCUUCGCGCCGGGAGUCUUUUCUCUUCAUGUUCGUGUCAUCCGAUCUGUACCCCGUAUCAUCAUCACGUCUCGCCGUCUUAAAACGCUUGUGGUCAUCAAGCUUCUGCAUAAUAACCCAGUUAGACGUUCCUUCAGGAGGACAGCUAGAGGGUCCCCCGCGUGCGGGGAAUGCCCCUCCAUCCACACAUGGGGGACUUCAGUCAAGCUACGGUUGCAACGUGCAAACGGGCUCAGGCUGAUUCCAAUUUCCGACCACUUUCCCCGCAUUUUGAGCAGUCUCAAAGGCGAAAACAUGUUUGUGUUGAACACCAGAGGCAUUUCUCGUACGCAAGAAGCCGUUGAAGUACUGCAGCCAGGUCCAUAUCGUAAUUGA